AUGCCCGACGAAAAAUCCCAAUACACUCCCCUCCCAAGCUACGAAAGCGCCUCUGCUCAACACGGCGCGCUCCCCAACCGUCCCGCAUCCCAAUCUAUAUCCACCGGCAAAGGACCUUUACCGCGGGGCCCCUUUCCGCUGGACAUUCCUCUUUUACAAGAAUUAAAAGGAAAACGGAUUAUUCUUGCAUCUGCGAGUCCGAGGCGGAAACAGAUAUUGGCUUCUAUCGGUCUCACCAACCUCGAAAUCAUUCCCUCCCCCCUCCCGGAAAACCUCUCCAAAGAACACCUCGGUCCCUUCGACUACGUGCUGCAAACCGCCAUCCAAAAAGCCCUCUCGGUAUACACCCACUGUCUUAACAAUUCCCUCGCCAGCAUCCCCGACCCCUCUCUGAUCAUCGCCGCCGACACCAUAAUCGUCACCAACUCCGGUGCCAUCCUCGAGAAACCCCGGUCGCAAGCCGACCACAUCCGGAUGUUGCAACGACUCCGCGACGAAAAAUCCCACAAAGUGUUUACCGCCAUCGCGAUUGUCGCGCCGCGGGAAGACGCGCGGUAUCCAGGAUACAAUUGCGAGAAUGAGGUCGUGGAAACGAAAGUCGUGUUUGAUGCGGAGAUGGGGGAUGAAUUGAUCGAGGCGUAUGUGAAGACGCGGGAGGGAGUCGACAAGGCGGGCGGAUAUGCGAUCCAGGGGAUGGGCGCGAUGUUGGUGGAGAGGAUAGAGGGGAGUUGGGAUAAUGUGGUCGGACUGCCUAUUCGGAAUGCGGUGGCGUUGAUGGAGAAGGCGGUGUUUGAUCAGGAGGAUUUGGAUCCAGAGGAGAAUGAGGAGGGGAGUGAGUAG